CAAUAAAUAAAAAUAACAUCCACUAGAUGGAAGCAUAACAUAGUAAAAUGCUAGUAUACAAAUUUGUAUAAGUUUUAAACCUCAACUAUUUACGUAUAUAGUCUAAAAAAUGUUUUAGUAAAUAUAAUCAAAAUACUGCAGAGAGAAAGCGUAAUAUUAUUAAUGUGAAUUUUUUAAAAUAAUUAUUAGUGAUUUUAUUGUGGUGAUAUAGUUAUAAAACUUUAUAAAAUAAUGGGAAAAUCUUGUAUCGUGAAAAGUUGUCCAAGUGGACGCAAACUAAAAACUACAAAAAAUGAUUCGUCUCAGCAUCUGUCUUUUUUCCAACCUAGUACACCGGCAAGAUUAGACAAGUGGAAAAGGAGUUUGGGUAUUAAAUUGAAAGCCACUCAUAAUAUUUGCCAUCUUCAUUUGAAAGAAGAACAUAUAAAAUUGUACGACAAGUUUAUCAUUAAUGGAGAGGUCAAGAUUUUUCCAACAGUGAAAAAAAUGCUAAAAGCUGAAGCUUUGCCAACAAUCGAGCAUCAAUUUAUUCCUAUACCACUAUGUGAGCUUCAAGCAAGUAUUAUUGAUGAACCACAAAAAGUAACUUCAUGCCACAAUCACUGUGAAGACGAUCAGCAGGAUCGUAUGCAAAACAGCUGCAUUGAGCAACAGGAAUUAUUAGAUGAUCUAAAUAUUCCUAAUAAUGCUACAGAUUACAAUGAACAAAUAGAACAAGACUUGGAAAAGUCUCCGUUGAGUCAGCAGUCAUACGAUAGUUUAAAUAAUCACGUAGAAAACGAAAUAACUGUACAACCAAUAGAGAGUAUAGGAGAUAUCCUGAAAUGUCCAAUGCUACCGUCGUUUUGGAUGCAUAUAGAGAUACCAGACGGACUAGAAUUUCUACGAAUGGACCCAUUAGCCAAAAAAACGAAAAAUCAUAUACGUCUAAACGAAGAUUUAUCAUUUACCGUUAUUUUUUCUAAUGGUGAAGAAUUACCUCUUGACGUUAAAAUAAAUUCUUUCAAAAGUAUUUGCGAGUUCUUAAAAUCUGUGGAAAGAUGGCCAUUAUGCGUUGGUACUCAAAUAGACAGCAAUAAAUACUCAAAAUUGUGUAAAGGUGUAAUUACAAGUGACGAUGCUUACCAAAGAAAUCAAAGAAAUCCAAGAUGUAAAGCAUGUCGAAUUUUACGGAAACGCUUACAAAGCCGUAAAUCAACAUUUGUUGAUUUACGGAAACGACCAGCCUGAUCCAAAAAUGUUUGCCCAAGUGUAUCGUUUGGAUUCUUGUUUUUCUCUCGUAUGUCCUCCAAAACGAUGUAAUGUUUCAGGGAAAGACCUGCUAAAAAGUUUAAUAAGAGCUCAAGAAAUUUUAACUUUUUAAACCAUAACUAUUGUUGAAGAUGUAUUAGUUUAUUUGUAUAGUUUAAUAAUACAUAUUCGUUGAAUUUCCUUUUGAA